ACCAAACGACAGCGUCAGGGGCAGUUUGAGCUCGAUGCGGUAUCGCUGUGUAUUUUUCGAUUCAAUAUAAGAAAACUAUUUUUUCUGCUUGAAGUCGACUAUUUUAAGUUCGUUUCAGAAUGUCGGUCCCGCCGGGUGCUGGAGUGCAGUCAUUUCCGGCAUUGGUGCCCUUUAGUGUUCCCCCUCCCGGGUUUGGCGCUCCCGGCGCAACAGCUCCCAUCGGUACAGACCCAUCGUCCAUCCCGAUGAUCCCAAUAGUGUCACCAGUGGUCGGUGAGUGGACAGAGCAUAAGGCACCAGACGGAAGAACGUAUUAUUAUAACAGUGUCACAAAGCAGAGCUUGUGGGAAAAGCCGGACGAAUUAAAAUCUCCCGCAGAAAAGUUACUCUCGCAGUGUCCCUGGAAGGAGUACAGAUCAGAUCAGGGCAAGAUCUACUAUCAUAACGUCAACACUAAGGAGUCACAAUGGGUUGCUCCGCCCGAUUAUUUAGAACUGAAGGAAAAAGUCGAUGCGGAGAAAGUUGCUGCCGAAGCUGCAAAAGCAGCUGCGCUGAAAACGGUUGCGGUGGGUGGCAUUCCGAUGAUUAUUCCUCCCGUGGUAAUGCCUGUUAUGUCUCCUGCACUCGCUGCCAGUGAAUCCAUGACUUCAUUGUCUGGAGUGAUGCCUGGUUCCGCAGAAAACUCCUCUUCAGCACUGGAUCAAGCCAUGGCUGCAACACUUGCUGCUAUAGAGGUUCCAGAGGAUCCUGCACCGAAAAAAGAGGAGGAAGAGAAGCCUCCUGUCGAGGAAGAACCCGUCGUGGAAUUUAAGGAUAAAAAGGAAGCGAUUGAAGCUUUCAAAGAAUUUUUGAAAGAAAAAAGUAUUCCUUCUAGCGCUAAUUGGGAACAGUGUGUAAAGAUCAUUCAAAAGGAUCCCAAAUUUAAUGUGUUUAAGAGACUGCAGGAGAAGAAGCAAGCGUUCAACGCUUACAAGACACAAAAGCAGAAAGACGAGAAAGAGGAGCAGCGGCUUAAAGUUAAAAAAUCGAAGGAGGAACUCGAGAAGUUCCUCAUGACUUCAGAGAAGAUGAACUCUACCUUGAAGUACUACCGUUGCGACGAAAUGUUCACCAGUUUGGAUGUCUGGAAGUCAGUUCCGGAACAGGAUCGCAGGGACAUUUAUGACGACUGCAUUUUUAAUCUUUCCAAGCGUGAGAAAGAGGAAGCACGAGUUUUAAAGAAGAGAAAUAUGCGAGUUCUUGGGGAACUAUUGGAAGCGAUGACCUCAGUUUCCCAUCAAACAACAUGGUCUGAAGCACAGGUAAUGCUACUCGAGAAUGGUUCCUUCAAGAAUGACGUCAACCUGCUCGGAAUGGACAAGGAGGAUGCGUUGAUAGUUUUCGAGGAACACAUUCGUACCUUGGAACGGGAGGAAGACGAGGAGAAGGAACGUGAGAAAAAACGACUUAAGCGGCAGCAGCGCAAGAAUCGAGACCAAUUCCUGGCGCUGCUGGAUAGUCUUCACGAAGAGGGGAAGCUUACAUCUAUGUCCCUUUGGGUGGAAUUGUAUCCAAUAAUAUCGGCUGAUUUACGGUUCUCGGCAAUGCUUGGCCAAACAGGUUCCACGCCGUUGGAUUUGUUCAAAUUUUACGUGGAAAAUCUCAAAGCGCGCUUCCACGAUGAAAAGAAAAUCAUCAAAGAAAUUUUGAAGGAAAAGGAAUUUAUUGUCCAAUCGGAAACCACUUUCGAAGAUUUUGCAACCGUCGUUUGCGAGGAUAAGCGUUCGGCAACCUUGGAUGCCGGCAACGUCAAGUUAACGUACAAUUCUCUGCUAGAGAAGGCCGAAGCGGCGGAAAAGGAACGUCUGAAAGAGGAAACCCGCCGUAUCAGAAAGAUGGAGAACGAAUUGAAGGGAAUAUGGAUUGAGGCCGGUCUUUCGGCGGUUGAUAGCUGGGAAACUGCCCAGAAGAUUGUUCUUGAUUUAGACGUGUAUGAACUGUACGAGAAGGAAGAUAAGGUAGAACGGCUUUGGGAAGAGUUCAUCAAGGAAGCGGAGGAUUCUUGCAGUCAUCAUCACUCCCGGUCGAAAAAAUCCAAAAAGAAUCGCAAGCGCAAAAAGAAAUCUCGUUCAUCCUCUAAAUCGGAAUCUGAACCAUCUGAAGCUGAAUAUGAGAAGCCUUCGAAGAAAAAGCGCAAAUCCCGUUCCCGCUCUCGGUCGAAGUCAUCAGAAUCGGAAAGUGACGAACAGAGUGAGCGUGAGAAAAAGCGUAAGAAAAAGAAGAAGCAUCGCAAGCACUCUCCCUCGCCUGCAUACGAAGAACAGAUAACAGUUCUACCCAUGGAAGUGAAGAACGGCAAUUCUUCGAGAUCUCUUUCACCGGAAAUCGAGCGUAAGAAGAAGAAGAAAGACAAGAAGAAAAAGGAGAAGCGCCGUUCCAGGUCUGUGAGUCGGGGUAGUAGUGGUGGCACCAAAUUCCGGUCCCCGGAAGAAGCAGGACGCAAUGGUGAUUCGGCCUCUCCGAAGGUCUCGGAUGAUGCUGCUUUGUCCGAAUCGGAGUUGGAAUCCCAGCGGGCGGCUCUGCUGGCUCAGCUAAACGAACAAAUGGACGAGUGAUCCAUGUGGGAUCCGACGGGCAACGUCGGAAAUAGUCGACGAAGGAAAGAAACCAGCAAACAUUAAACAAAAUAUUACGGAAGACAUAUUACAAUUGCAUUGCAUUGAACCAUAACCAAUUGAUGGUGAAUGAAAUCGAUCGAUAGAGGUAAGAA